UUUCCCCUUUUCAGUAAACAUAGAUAGACGUUUCCUUUUCUCGGUUUCCACUCCAGUCUAUUCGCUGCUCUCUUUCACCUUGGCCUACGAUUACGAGCAAUGAGCAAUCAUAAUGAUGAUGAAACUGAGUUAAAAACAGAGCUGAGACUCCUGAACGAUCGGUGUGUAAAGGUGGAAUUAAUAGAGGGACGUGGCAACACACCGGGCCAUACCCCCAAUCACCGGUGCAUGCCAUCGGUGGUGCUGAACAACCACCAGGAUUCGCAUAACGUUUUCUAUUUUCACGUUCCAGCCAGUCUCCGGUUUACCUUCCGAACGAGCAGCAACAACGAGAACCUAUCGGUCCACCGGAUCCGUGUUUUCAGCGCCGAUCUCAAUGGCCACACCAAGACGCACGUCUUGUGUGGGCAUGAUAGCACUGAUGAUCAAGGCAAUGAAAUUGUGAGUAGGGUGCCGCUAUUGGAGUUUCAAUUGGCGCAAGAAACAGGCUUUCAAAGCUUUGAUAUACCUCACGACAAAAUCAACACGUACAAAGCCUACACUCUGGAGGUGAAGGAUUGUUACCCAGCUUACGGAGAAGACUUUACCUAUCUGUAUCAAGUAUGCUUUGACGGCGUCCUGCAGGUAGCGGAAGAAAACGAUGCAGAUACAACGCCAGCGCUUCCCGUAGCCCAAAGUACGGCCAACAACGACCCUGAUGUUCAGAGCAGCUGGUACCUUGCCACCGCCCAAGCCGACGAAUCAACCUAUGAUCGUGAACACAACCAGGUGCAGUAUUCCCUCCAUCUGGAGACAAUUCCGUACCAUCCCAUUGAAUAUCUGGCUAGGACUGCUACUUCGAACCACGGAAACCAUAAAUUUUGGGUUUCUCUAAAGCAAGUGCCGGAAGCUGACUUGGUCAAGAUCACCAGCAUGUUCGACUUGGGGCGGUAUUUCUACCGAAUCGUUUGUUCCGAACGCCUUUGCCAGGUGGAAGGGACGGCCUUUGUUUACGGACAGACAUGGGAGUUUGAAGAAGAACACGCACUCUUCCGCCGGCAAGAUGUCGUGGAUGGGAACCUUGGCCAGUUGCUGAACGAUUGCAUCGUUUUGGACAAAGUCACCGGAGCGCCCAGGCUCAAGUCAGAGACACAUGUGGGACCGGCUCAUUUGAAAACAUAUCCGCAACCAGAGCACUGGAAGCGCCCUUCCAAAGAGCUCUUUUCUUGUCCCCCAUUGGGCGAGCCGGAAAAGGACAACCAGGGAGGCUGGUACUAUGCACAAGCACGUCCAUACUACCAUGAGAACAGGGACGGAUUGUUUUAUUUGACCUUGAAAGCACUAGAACCAGACCAGGAUCCAUUCUCAUUUUUCCAGUCAGAGACGGAUCGUGAUGGCUAUCUAAAAGAGAAUUCCGCUUGGAAGUUGUGUGCACCGGACAGCGCGCUAUUGACGGAGAGUGCACCAGUAACUCUGGACGAGCUUGGAAGGAUGAUGAAUGAGAAGGUGACUGGCGGCACCCGUGUGGCUGGUAAGAGCAUUGUUUGUAGAAAUCGAGAUCAAGAUGAAGACUGCUACGACGUUUUAUUCUUCCAAACGCAAGAGAUUGGAAAUGUGGGUCCCUUUUGGAAUCAGUGGAUUGUUCGAAAUGAAGAGACAAGGACCCCACAGCUGCGUUGUAUAUACGUUGACGCACCGGAGAUCCAGGAGACUUACCAAGACGAAGACGAUGUGCCUCCCAACAAAAAGGCGAAGUCAUCCACGAUGGAUGGGGAAGAGUUGGAAUCUACGAGAGAUGGCAACUGUUGCUGCAUUUGUCUACGCUCUUUAGAUCCCACGCAAGAUGCACUGGCUACUUUUCCCUGUCAGCAUCAAGUUCAUUUGAUUUGUGCCAUGACAAGUCUGGUCGCGUCGACCAACUCGAAUUGCCCCUUGUGUCGAGCCCCCAUGCAACGACGGGCUUUGGGGAUCGAGCUAAGCCGAAGCUCGGCUGCUAGAAGUAGCAACAACCCGAACUUGGCCAACAUUCUUUCGCAAUGGACCUUUCCCACUUUUGGAGAUACAGACACGCUUCAUGGCAAUCCCUUCCGGUUGAUCAGUCGCCAUCAUGGAUUCAUUCUCACUGAGACGAGCGAUGACUAUCGAAUUGUUCAGCGGCGUCCGAAUCAAGUGAACAACAGUAGCUCGAGUGCCGCUGCUUCUGAAGAGAGCUCGGUUUAUGGAGAGGGGCAACUCUGGCAAGCCGUGGGAGAUCGACUGCUUCGGUCCGUCUCGUCGGGCCGCUUCCUGUCCUUGUCGGAGGGACAGCGUGCCCAGAAUCAAACGUUGCUGGUCACGACCGUAGAACCCACCUGUCAGUUCGAAGUACAAGGCAGUCGUCUCAUCCAUGUUGAAUCGGAUUUGUGUGUCGAAGUAGGAGCUGGCGAUGCCGGUGAUAUGCAACCCUUGUGGCUGUGGAGUCAAGAUGGGGAUCCCUGGCAACAUUGGGAGUGUCCGGAACAUGCAUAAACUUCAAAAUGCAACCUGUCCAAGUAGUCCGCGAUGGUCUUUUGCUCUUCUUCGUCCGAAAUGGCCGGACGGUACCGCCGUCGAAUCGCUUAGCCUCUGCAAAGUGCCCCAUGGUCGGAAACACACCUUCUUGCUGUCAAACCUUGCCGCUGGCAGUUUGGUGAGGGUUGAACUGGCUGUAGUUGUCCAGCAUGAGAAGAUGACCGGCAUUGCAUUCUGAACGUGGUAAACAGACACAUCUUUCGAAUCUCCACAACGAGCCUGUCCCCACCGAAUUUUGUCUGGAUCUUUGAAACAAGAACUGUUAGCCCUACAUGUAGUACCAGAAUCCAGUUUUGGGGCGCCUGGUUG